AUGCCGCUUCCAAAGCACACGGUUCAACCGGUCAAAGUCAGCCAGGUUCCUGUGCCUAAUGGCGUAGAUAACGAACUGGAGUUUGUGGCUAAUGCGACACUGUGCAACCUAAUGCGUCAGAUGGCAUCAAUUAGUCAGUUAGCCACUAACAUGUUCGAAGAAUUAACAACCGAACUGUCCAGUUUGGCUGAAAGAACAAUGAGACUGCAAAAUCGUCUUGCGAACCUUCAGGAAGAUGUACAGAAUAUGCAAAAAGGAGAUGAAGACUUGACUGCUAAUGUCCAGCCGGUUCAGCUACCUCCGUUUGCUAGUAAAAAACCUGCAGACAGUCAAGUUCUCAGUCGGAAUACCAUUCCUCCCUCUAUGAGAGCUUGCUACGAACGCGCAGAUCCGGCACCACCAUUGCAGCAGAUGGAUAAACUGCGUGAUGACGGUAAAAUCAGCAUGAAAAUAUACUCAGACCCCAGUUUCUUCUUCGACUUGUGGAGUCAUGAAAUGCUGCAGGACCACAAACAUCGGCGUGCGGCAAAGAAAAAGCGCGUUAAACCGAAGGCUAAAUCACAUGCAGGCAAAAGUGCUCAUGGGCAAGGCCAACAGAAACCACAGAUGGUAAUUCAACAGACAGGGGUAGGUGGACACUACGUCCCUCCGGGUGCUAAUGAAGGCAUGAGCAACUCGAUCGCGCCACCUUUUACCCCGGUCUCAGUAACAGUGCCGAAAUCCCCAGCCCCGCCUCCGAUCCCUUUAGCGAAUGUAAAUUAUUCAAACGGACCGUUGCCACCACCACCACCGCCACCUUCGAUUCCUCCAUCAUCACCAGGACCAGGAUCUGCACUUGGUCAACAAGCUGGUCACGGGAUGAGCAAUGGUCUCAAUGUGGAUUUCCCGACUUAUCCUCAUCCCGUCCCACCCGUGCACCCGGUCAAUGGUUUUCAUGACACCAUAGAUGAACAGUUACCCCCACCAGCUCAUCCGAAUCCCCCUGUGACUCCAUCGAUUCCACCGUUCAUGGAAGAAACAAACACAGUCUCAAGUUCGCCACCAGAAGGCAAUUCGGAGGUUGCUCAUUCAAUCGAUGAUAGUGGAUUUCCCUUACCAUCUCCUUCUAUGCUCCGUGAUCCACAAGGUCGUGUGCAUCGUGCAAGUGCCGGAAGUCCAGCAGCGGUAAGUGUUUCUGUGUAA